CUCUCUGCCUCUGCGUGCGUGCCUACGUUCACAGCGUUUACGAGUCGUCGAUGCCUUCGUGCGCAACGCGAGAGUAGGCAGUGAGCACAGGAGAAAAAUCACGUUGUAUAAUCCGCGACGAGAGACACACGCACGCGAGGAACGACGGAGAGUCACACGUUGAAUAUCGCUUAUUGUCGAGCAGAAGAACAGGGAGCGAGUGCGUGUUGCUUGCGUGCGACAAGGAGAAAGAGAAAAGGAGAGGCGCGCCGCAUCGUUCAGUGGAGAAAGGAGCUACUCCGUGAAAAUCUCCUCGCGCUCCCCUCCGACACACUGCACAAGGUGUCGAAGGCACGUCGCCGCGUGUGUUCGACCGAAUUUCGCGGCCCCGUGAGAGCGAACGAGACGGACGUGGCGCGAAAGGGAGAGAGAACGAGAAAGAGAGAGAGAGAGGAGAGGAAAAAAAGAGAGGUAGACGCGUAAGAGAUAUAUAGGCGCAAUCAAAGGCGGUAGACAAGGACAUCGUGGUAGCGAAGAAAAGGACGCAGAACGGGCGUGGAAGGGAGACGGAAGAAGCGGCGAUCAAGUGGGAGAGAUACGAACUCCGUGGGAGCGAGACGGUGAGAGUGUGAGAGAGAGAGAGAGAGAGAGAGGACGAGACGGAGUCGUCGGAGCGGAGCGAGAGAAACGGAUAGCGACUCGGUGGAGAAAGCGUGACAGACGUAUUCCCAAUAGAGCGAAAGAGGGGUGUGGAACGCACACAGAAGACAGGAGCGUUUCCUGGGUGCGCGCGAGAGAGACGCGGACAACGGACGCUCUGGAGGAGGGAGCGAGGCGCAGUCGGGUUAAAGAGGGGAUAGAGGCGCAACCCGAGCGGUGCUGCCGCCUAUUGGCAACGUCGCGUCGGCUCCCCACCCGGGCCAGUGUCGAGCGAGGUUCAACGGAGAGUUCUUACGACAGUCUGAUCUUCUCUCGUGUGGUCGCACAGUGGCUAGGACAGUUUCGUUCUAAACGUUCGAGUACAAAUUUUAUUCGUCCUCUCUCCAAGCGCAUGUGAGACGAAGAGUAGAGGAAAGAGAGGCAAAGAGAAAGAGAGAGAAACGGUUGCAGCUGACUUCGAAAAGGGGAAAAAAAAAAGAACGUUGAGUGACAGUUCCCUUAUUAAUUCUCGUUUUCGUUAAAAUUCCACAUAUAUACGUGCACACGUCCAGGCACACAGAUCUUUCCGUUCGCGAGAGAGUCGAGAGAGCCGUAACGUCUCGGUACGCGCUCUCCCACUACCGUCAUCGAUUUCCCACACGACGCGCUUCCUCGCGCCGCACUGGUGAGGGAAUUCGCGAGGGUGAAGUAGGAUUCCUCGGUAAAGAGCAGACGAGACGUGGCAACGCCGCCCGUGGCAGCGGCGGCGGCGGCAGCAGCAACGGGAACGGCCGACGCGAUUUACGGAGCAGCGGCAGGAGGCGGCGCUGGUGCUGCGCCCCAACGGCCGUCGAUCGAAGCCCGCGUUAUCGCAAUGGCUUCCGUGAAAGACACAGCGACUUUCUUCGCGGAGGGCACCGCGACGCAGUUUGAUCACGUUCUCAAACUUUAUCCGCAGGCGCUGCGUCUCAAAGCCGAUCACAAGUCGAAAAAACCCGAGGAACUGAUCAAGCUAGACAAUUGGUAUCAGAAUGAGCUUCCGAAGAAGAUCAAGGCACGCGGCAAGGACGCGCAUCUCAAUCACGAGGAGCUAGUGCAGACGAUGAAAUGGAAGCAAAUACGCGGCAAGUUCUACCCACAGCUGUCCUACCUGGUGAAGGUGAACACACCACGCGCCGUGAUGGCAGAAACAAAGAAGGCGUUCAAGAAGCUCCCGAAUCUUGAGCAAGCGAUCACGGCGCUAUCGAAUCUGAAGGGCGUCGGUACCACGAUGGCGUCGGCUCUGCUCGCCGCGGCGUCGCCGGAGAACGCACCCUUCAUGGCGGACGAGUGCCUGAUGGCGAUACCGGAGAUCGAGGGUAUCGAUUACACCACUAAGGAAUACUUAAACUUCGUCCAGCACAUUUCUAACACCGUCGAGAGGCUGAACAAACAGACGUCAAAUGGCAAGUCAUGGAGCCCACAUAGAGUCGAACUGGCGUUGUGGACACACUAUGUGGCGUCCGAGCUGAAGCCGGAACUGCUCGACGGUAUCCCGGGCUCGACAGAGAACGGCAACUCGCACAGUGCCAGUAACGGCGAGGCGACAGAGCCGUCGGAUGAUAGUAAUCAAGAAACGGUGGCAAAUGGCAAAGACACGCCGGCGGCGCUCGAUCCGGCAGCGAUCGAUGAGAACAGUACGACGACUUCCUUCACCGAGGACUCGAUGGACAAACCGGCGACGCCAAUCACCGCCAAUGAUCAUCCCGUUGUGGGCGCUAGCGAGGACACGAAUGAUUCCCUCAUUACCAACGACAGCAGCAACAACGCGACACCACGACCUACCGAUAGCGAGGACACCGAAGAGGACUCGCAGGACGCGCAGGAGCCGCCCACCAAGAAGAGCAAGAAGUGACCCGAUCGGCUCGGUGACGCGACGAGCAACAACGUCAGCACUUUCGUGCCCGCCAGAAGUCUGUCGAUCAUCGCGGCACCGCGUCGUCGAUUCUGAAUCAUUAAACGGAUGAUAGACCGACGGACGUACGGACGACGGACGGACGGAUAGGUAGUAUAGAGAUGGAUGCACGGACGGACGGACGGACGCGGAUGGAUGGAUGAAUUACUCUAUUGCGCGAUUGCUUGAACGGAGCACAGCCGCUCACUUCAUCCUCGGCUCUUACUGAAGGGGAGAGAAAAGGAGAAAAAAGAAAAGGAGGAUUCGUAGGAGCCCCCGAAGAUUCGCAUGGAUUUUGGGAUCCUCGAAUUCUCGAGUUCCCUUACUCUGUUUCUCUCCUCUUUCAAAUCCUUCCCGCAUCUUGCCCACGGUCUCGUUAUAUCUCGUUUCUUUACGCUCCUCCCGUUCUGGUAACGAUUUUUACCAAGUGACCGACGAGUUCGCAUCCUCGUCUGACGUCUAGGUGACUGCUGGAUCCUCGCCGCUGUUGUUGUUCGGACAAUCUCGCGCGUUCACGCAAUGUCAACAAGAGUUUUGCACCACCUUUUGAAUAUGGAUCUCCUGUAUAAAGUAUGCUGGAGCGGACGAGGAAACGUGAAAGUAUAUACUCAGUGUUAUUAGAAAUAAAAAAUCUUUCACGAAUAUAGUGAUAAGCCUUUGUAUUCCUGGCACUCUUGACGGAUUUUUAAUUGUCUUUUUCUUUUUUUUUUCUUCGAUCAUUAUUUCAUUCCCAAGUUUAAUACUUGCGAUAUUUAGGAUUUUUGUUUCUUCGAAUUACA